AUGGCUAAUAAUCCACCAGCAAAGGUGCGAGAGGUUGCAGUGCCUCGUAUGGCAGAUGUAACUUCAUGCAUUGUCAAGCCCACCAUCGAAGGGCACUUAGAGCUAAAGCAUCCUAUGAUUCAGCUACUUCACUCUAAUGGGCAAUUCACGGGAAUGUCACACGAGGAUUCUCAGCAGCACAUCCAUACUUUUCUGCAGAUUGUUGAUACUUUUGCUACUGGAAGGGUCACUAAAGAGUUUGUGCGGCUGACACUAUUCCCCCUUUCUCUGUUAGGGAAUGCAAGUAACUGGUUAUUAGCAGAGCCUGCAAAUUCUAUCACUACAUGGGAUGAUUUAGCGACUAAAUUCUUGACAAGGUUCUUUCCACCAGCAAAGACAGCUCGACUCCGAAGAGAGAUCAUGUCAUUCAGGCAGAAAAAUGGGGAAAAAUUGUAUCAAGCAUGGGGGAGGUUCAAGGGUCUUCUCAGGGAUUGUCCUCGCCAUCAUCAGACGAAUGAAGUUCUGACACAUACAUUUAUUGAGAGUCUGGAUGCCCAACAUAAGUUAUCACUAGACAACUACCCCUGGGAAGCACAGAUUGAUGCCAUGCGCACUGAAAUCAAGAAGUUAACUACUGUGCAAGCUCAACCACAGGUACAUGCAGUGCAACAAGCCAACAUCUUUUGUGAAGUUUGUGGAGAAGCUUACACCAGUGAUGUAUGCCCUGCAAAUCCCGCAUCCAUAUACUUUUUGGGUAAUGCAGGCAAGGGGCAAGGAAACAACAAUCAAUAUGGGAAUUCUUACAACCCAAAUUGGAGGAAUCACCCGAAUUUCAGAUGGAGCGACAAUCAAGGAAAUCAGAAACAGAACUAUCAACCAGCACCUGUUCCUCAAGCCCCCGCGAACAGUAUGGAAGAGAUGAUGAACAAGAUGAUGAGUGAUAUGCAGAGGAUGAUGAAAGACCAGCAAAAGUUGAUAGCAGAUAAUCAGAAUCACGAUUUAGCGACCACUGGAGCACUCCCAAGUGAUACGGAUGUGAAUCCAAAGCCUUGUAAUGUUGUGACUCUUCGGAAUGGGAGAGAACUAGAGGAAGUGGCUCCAAAGAAAACCAAUCGAGUAGAAGCUGAAAAAGAGAAUAUUGCCGAGGAGAUGAUUGAAAGAGAGAGGGUAGUCGAGAUACCAGUAGUAAAGCAGCCACAGCCCGUGGUUGCAAAGCCAUCACCUCCAUUCCCUCAACAUUUGGCAAGACAGAAGGAAGAGGCUACUUGUUGA